CCAGCGAAGAAAACCAACCGCCUGCGGCAGGGUGCCAACACCGUCGUCAAACUAGUCGAGCAGAAGAAGGCUAAGCUGGUUGUGAUCGCUCACGAUGUUGACCCCAUUGAGCUGGUCAUCUACCUGCCGGCUCUGUGCCGUAAGAUGGGUAUCCCGUACUGCAUCAUCAAGAGCAAGUCCCGACUGGGAACGUUGGUGUUCCGUAAGACCUGCACAUGUGUUGCCCUGACGCAGGUGGACAACUCCGACCGCGCUAAUCUGUCCAAGCUGGUUGAAACCAUCAAGACCAACUUCAACGAUCGCUACGAGGAGAUCCGCAAGCACUGGGGAGGUGGUCUGCUCGGACCGAAGAGUAUGGCCCGCAUCGCCAAGCUGGAGAAGGCUAAAGCUCGGGAACUUACCCAGAAGACGGUGUAAGUUGUAGAUUUCCCGUGCCCUAACCGAUAGCUGUUGUAAUAUCUUGUGUAAGAACUCGUGCCGAAUUCUUUCGAUGUUGAAAGAAGAGGAAG